AUGCGCCCGUCGCAUCUGCGCAAUCGAUCCAAAGAUUCCAUGUCGAAGCAUUGGGACCUACAGCAAGACUCGACGACAAUACACCUCGGUGAACACCACCCAGCUGGAGUCGAUGAUACUCCCUCGACGUUCCGUCACGUCCGCUUGUUCAAUAUGGCUUCGUCCCCACCGUCGUCCUCGUCCCCGCCUCGUGGGGCGCGGUCUCCGGCCUGGGCAUUCACGACACCCUCACCGUGGCUAGGCAAAGAUGCGGGUGCGGUGGUGAACAUGUUGCAUCGGAGGUCGGCAUCGAUGGCGAUCGCGAGCAAGUCGACUUCAAGGAGGGCCAAGACCUGGCUCGCUUUGGCGAUGGUUGUGGGGUUGUGCAUCUGGUCACGCUCUUUUGACGCGCCCGCGACGUUCGGCACAUUCUCGUCGCCCGCACCCGAAGCCGCGUUCGAGGCGUCCUCCUCCCCCUCGGCGACCGCUGCUUUCACACCACCCGUGGUAUCCGUUGAGGAAAGACCAACACCGUCCUACGUUCCCAUCGAAGAAGAAUUACCAUCCGUUGACCAGGCACUCCGGCCCGAGGCCUCGAUCUUGCCCAAGCUCCCUUCACACAACCAACAAGCCCCUUCGCCGCCGUCCUCGCAUGCCCCUCCGCCCACCGACGAGAUCGCUGACGAGAGCACCGAUGAAAGCGCCGAUGAAAGCGUCGACGCGGAUACGAACACCGACAUCGACACGAGUGCCGACACUCCCCCAACCCCGUCAGAACAACUCGAACAAGAUCCACCAGCCAUUGAUGACUCUAUCAAGCUCGUCGAUCGUCCCGCCGUUACCGUCAGUCAGGCUACGCCUUGGGUCCUCGAGGAUUCCACCGAGAGGUUGCCCCGCUGCCGCAAGAUCCUCUUGUUCCAGUUCACGCCUUGGUGGGGUUUCGCUUCGGAAUGGCUUCUGUAUUUGAGAGCCGCGUCGUUGGCCGAUGAGCUUGGGUAUACACUGGUGGAAGAUGAUCGAGCGUGGUAAGUCCCCAAGUUUUUUGGCGCACUGAGUUUGUGGCUUCCCCGGGUGACCUUUCUCGGCAAUGGGCUGCUAAUGCUGCAGCAUCUACUCUCAUAGGAACUAUGGUCGUCUUUCCAACUACUUCUCGCCACGCAAGCUCAACUGCGCCCCUCCAAGGGACUGGGCCGAUGCGCAGCUCGCGACCGAGAUUGGCCUCCCCGGUUGGAAGAAAGAACCCCGCCUUGUGUGGUCUCGCUUACGGAUUCAACAGAUGGACGACUGGACACGCGAGACCUACCUCGACCCAGUCGUGAUGCAGAAACUUCACGACACGAACGUGGCUUUUGCUCGCAAUCGGUCGCGCAACAUCCUCGCUGAAGGGGACACGAUGCCUCAAGGGCUUGAAGAAGUUUUCAAGGACCAUGUCAAGGCGGCGAGGUUCUUGUGGAAGCCGAUAGACUCCAUCAACACCGAGAUCGAAGCGGCAAGGACUGAACUCAAGAUGGGACCGCAACAUAUCACGGUGGCGACUCACAUUCGACUGGGCGACAAAGGUCCCGAGUACGAACUCGAGGCCAAGGCGAUGGGCAUUACGAACAAGUUCGGCAACUUGACCGUCUACCUUCAAGCUGCUCAUGAAGCGAUGGUAAGGAUUUUACCGGGCGGAACGCCUUACACCGAAGAGGUUCCGGUCCCGAACGGCCUCAAUCUCAACUCGGCUCGAUCACCAUCACUCGUCGUCAUGACCGCCGAAGCGAACGUCAUUUCCCGCUUGGCGAUAGACCCUUUGCUCAGACCGUUCACACUGGCUCAACCGCCCGCCCCUGGGAUUGCGAGUCUCAAGCAUGUGGCAAAUCCCAAGCCUCAGCCAAGCAAGCACCCGGUCGACAUCCUGGAAUGGGUUAAGGACACUCAGGCCAAUGCGCUAACGACGUACGAAAAGCGUGCCAGUAUCAGGGAAGACGAAGAGGACGCAGCGCCAUCAACGCCCACGCCCACGCCCACGCCCACGCCCACGCCCACGCCCACGCCCCAGGAGGAGAAGAAAAAGCCGAGGCCCGGUCUCGCCAGUGGGUUUAGUCAGCUAGAUUUCAACCGUCUCCCCAUGCUCGAACGAGUGCUCCACACGCGAACCUUCAUCCGCGAUCUCACCCUUUUUUCGCGUGACUCGGACGCCUUUAUCGUCUCCGGCUCGUCCAAUAUUGGUCGUUUGGCGAUGUUGAUAGGCGGUUAUGAGGCCACAGUUGGACCGAAGAAUGAGGAAGGCCGUAGCCUGGGUGGUCGAAUUCGAUCGAUCGAUGCGCACUGGUUCCCUACUGCUUAUUCGGAAGCGUUGUACCACACCGUCAUGGAUCAACCUCAAACUGUAGCCGUACCUGUGAUACCUUUAUCCGAUCGGAGGAAAGGCAAAGGCAGGCUUGCCAAGGACAAGCCGUCGUCUUCCAUGACCAAGGGAAGUUCCCCCUCUGCCCUGCCCAAAGGCAGCUCGCUUUCCUCGUUUUCCUCCGUACGCAAAGGCAGCUCGCCGCCUUCCACGUCCGAGGACGGCCCGCAAUGA